CCACAUGUUGCGAUAAAGGGAGCAGGUAGGGCAACAAUUACGUAUUUGUCUAGCGCUCAGUAAAUAGACACUUUACACAAGAUAAGGUGAAUACAGAGUGGAGAUACUUCACCUUUAAUCUGUAGCUAUCUGCUUAGGAACAAAAGGAAAGGCAGCUGCUUGCAUGACUCAGCUUUCAGCUUAAUUUUUUUCCUUUUGGCAGAGUGAAUUUUCGUUUCACAAUACCAAAAAAAAAAAAAAAAAAAAGAAAGGCGGGGGGAGACUCAGAAUAAGGAACAAUCAUUUGGCUUGAGUAUUUCAUUUUAUGAGAAACUCACUAAGUUGUUAUUUCUCUCUUUUCCACAAGAACGACUAACAGAGCUACAGACAAGUGUUUGGGGUCAUCUCAGUGGAAAUUGUCGAGCCGACUUUGGCUCACACGUUCCUCUUCUCGUUAGGGAGGGAGUGACGGGGCAAAUCUGCGUGCUGGUGGUGGCGGUGCCUCCCAGGGUUGCUCGGCUGGGCCGCCGAGGGCUAGACCCCAGCUCUAUCCCGUGUGGGCUGCGCGUCCCCCAAAACCCCGGCCGUCAGCGACUGCGGACACCUGCACGCCCACGAGACUGGCGGGCGGACAGCGACUCGGCCCCAAAGGAUGGCUACCAUAUUAGGAGACACCAUCAUGGUGGCCAAAGGCCUUGUCAAGCUGACCCAGGCAGCCGUGGAAACCCACCUGCAGCACUUGGGCAUCGGAGGGGAGCUGAUCAUGGCGGCCAGGGCCCUGCAGUCCACGGCUGUGGAGCAGAUUGGCAUGUUCUUGGGGAAGGUACAGGGUCAGGAUAAACGUGAAGAAUAUUUUGUUGAGAACUUCGAUGGCCCAGAAGGGGAGUUCCACUUCUCAGUCCCGCAGGCAGCCGGGGCCUCCACAGACUUCUCUGCAGCCUCCGCUCCUGACCAGUCAGUGCCUCCACCCCUGGGUCAUGCCCACAGCGAGGGCCCAGCUCCUGCCUACGUGGCCAGUGGACCCUUUAGAGAAGCCGGGCUCCCCGGCCAGGCUGCCUCCCCUCUGGGCAGGGCCAACGGGAGGCUCUUUGCAAACCCCAGAGACUCAUUCUCUGCCAUGGGCUUUCAGCGAAGGUUCUUCCACCAGGACCAAUCCCCUGUGGGGGGCCUCACAGCUGAGGACAUCGAGAAGGCCCGGCAGGCUAAGGCUCGCCCCGAGAACAAGCAGCACAAACAGACGCUUAGUGAGCAUGCCCGGGAGCGGAAGGUGCCCGUGACGAGGAUUGGCCGGCUGGCCAACUUCGGAGGUCUGGCAGUGGGUCUUGGCUUUGGGGCACUGGCGGAGGUCGCCAAGAAGAGCCUGCGCUCCGAGGACCCCUCAGGGAAGAAGUCUGUGCUGGAUUCCAGUCCUUUCCUGUCUGAGGCCAAUGCAGAGCGUAUCGUGCGCACGCUCUGCAAGGUGCGUGGUGCGGCGCUCAAGCUGGGCCAGAUGCUGAGCAUCCAGGAUGACGCUUUCAUCAACCCCCACCUGGCUAAGAUCUUUGAGCGGGUGCGGCAGAGCGCGGACUUCAUGCCACUGAAGCAGAUGAUGAAAACUCUCAACAACGACCUGGGCCCCAGCUGGCGGGACAAGCUGGAGUACUUCGAGGAGCGGCCCUUCGCCGCGGCGUCCAUCGGACAGGUGCACUUGGCCCGCAUGAAGGGCGGCCGCGAGGUGGCCAUGAAGAUCCAGUACCCUGGCGUGGCCCAGAGCAUCAACAGUGAUGUCAACAACCUCAUGGCCGUGCUGAACAUGAGCAACAUGCUUCCAGAAGGCCUGUUCCCCGAGCACCUGAUCGACGUGCUGAGGCGGGAGCUGGCCCUGGAGUGUGACUACCAGCGGGAGGCCGCCUGUGCCCGCAAGUUCAGGGACCUGCUGAAGGGCCACCCAUUCUUCUAUGUGCCUGAGAUCGUGGAUGAGCUCUGCAGCCCGCAUGUGCUGACCACAGAGCUUGUGUCCGGCUUCCCCCUGGACCAGGCCGAAGGGCUCAGCCAGGAGAUUCGGAACGAGAUCUGCUACAACAUCCUGGUUCUGUGCCUGAGGGAGCUGUUCGAGUUCCACUUCAUGCAAACAGAUCCCAACUGGUCCAACUUCUUCUAUGACCCGCAGCAGCACAAGGUGGCUCUUUUGGAUUUUGGGGCAACACGGGAAUAUGACAGAUCCUUCACCGACCUCUACAUUCAGAUCAUCAGGGCUGCUGCCGACAGGGACAGAGAGACUGUGCGGGCAAAAUCCAUAGAGAUGAAGUUCCUCACCGGCUACGAGGUUAAGGUCAUGGAAGAUGCCCACUUGGAUGCCAUCCUCAUCCUGGGGGAGGCCUUCGCCUCCGAUGAGCCCUUUGAUUUUGGCACCCAGAGCACCACCGAGAAGAUCCACAACCUGAUUCCCGUCAUGCUGAGGCACCGUCUCGUCCCCCCACCCGAGGAGACCUACUCUCUGCACAGGAAGAUGGGGGGCUCCUUCCUCAUCUGCUCCAAGCUGAAGGCCCGCUUCCCCUGCAAGGCCAUGUUCGAGGAGGCCUACAGCAACUACCGCAGGAGGCAGGCCCAGCAGUAGGGCUGUGGGCCACGCCCAGGCCGGCUCCAAGGGAACUCUCCUUCAGACAGGCCAAAAACCAGUAGGGAGGUGGUGGUGGUGAUGCUCUUUUUAACUCCUUUGCCCAAUAAGAGGGGGUGGCUGCCUGGAGCCCCAUAGCCAGUGUUUCCCACGGUUUCUGUUGCUAAAUGGUUGUAGGGUGAGAAGUGCAAGAAUGAAGAUGAAGACCACUGCUCGGUCAGUCUGCCUCCGAGUGUCCUCUCAAAUAAGUAGAUGAAGAUGAAAGGGCAACUUUGUUUUCUUUUUCCUGACGUGAAUGUUAAGCAGAAGGGAGAGUCCUUACUCCCUUCCAACCUCUGUUCCAGUGCAAAACCCAGAAAACAUGAACACAGAUACAAUUGUGGGAUUUCAUUAUCUGUGUAGUAGGGGUGUGUGUAUGUGUUUCUAGAGUGAGAUUUGUGUUUUCUGCCCUUUUCCUCUCCAGCCGAUGGGCUGGAGCUGGGAGAGGUGCUGAUCUAACAGUGCCAACAAGUGCUCCUUAAGCCUGUGAGGCCCAGGCCUGUAGGGCUGGCUCUCAUCUUUGACAGCUGAAUGUUUCUGAAGAACUGCUGCCCCAUGGUGAGGGUGGGAGCAGAGCAGCACAACAGGGAAUGCCAGACACAGGCUGGCUGCUGCUGGAAAGUGGGGUGGGACUUCCUUCCUCGGUCUGGAGAGGCAGAGGUGUCACCAGUUCCAGCCAAAGGCUCCUCACAGGUUCUGUGAAUUUUUGUACAAGUCUUGUAAUGAUUGAAUCAACUUGUUGCAAUUUAAUAAAAAUGCUCGUGGGAAGUGC